UUCAUUCAAUCUGUUGCUCGAAGUUGGACUCCCCAACUCAUCCAUCAGAUCGCGUGACGUCGAUAUUUUACCACUUUCCCCUUCCUCUCCACCUCACCCCACCUACCGGGCUCGGCGACGAUGAGCCGCAGACUUCGAGUCCCAGCAUCUUCAAUGAGCUGGGCUCGUCCACUUCUCGUCCCGGUAUUCCUUAUUUCUCUGGCCAUCCCGAUCAUCGCAGACCCAGCAACCCUGCCAUUCACCGAUUGUUUCAAUGGCAAUGCCUCGGCCAAGUUUUCCAUUGACAAGGUGUAUGGGCAGGUGUUGACGACGGACCAAACGGGGACAUACCUCAACCUCACGGUGAUAGGGAGCAGCCCUCAGGAGAUUUUCGGGUUUGUGGACUCGAGUUCUAGUCUCGCCACCCUUUUCACGACAACCACCGUACUCACGCUUAACGUCUGGUCGAAUAGUUCGUACCUAUGUAACACCAUCCGACCCGCAUCCCCACUGCCCGUUCUCGACAACAGCACUGCCAACUACUGUCCCAUCCAGGCAGGCCCUUUCGCUCUGUCAUCGACCAUUCCGUGGGGUGAGCACCGCCACCUUACGACGCUGAACACCAGGCUGCGUGCCGUCGACCCGUUCAGUAACGAGCUGCUGUGUCUCAGCGUCAACACCACACCCCUCACACCUACGGCGGAGUCGCCGUAUGGCGUCGCUCGGGGGAUAUUCUGGGCCACAGUGGGCCUGGCGAUGGGAUAUUGGGUCAUUAUCGGCAUCGCACGGCUGGUCUCUGCGUGGGGCCGCGGCACGACGAGACCGGGCCGGUCGUUGUGGGCCAGGGUGCAGAGUGCUGGUUUCAUCCUUGCGAGCGCAAUCAGUGGCGAGCGGUUUGCGACGUCUCCGGCCCUUAUGCGGUUUAGCACACCUUGCAUGAGGGAUGUCAUAUUCCAUACACAGUGGUGUGCGGCACUCGCGAUGGUGGCCGUUCAAUGGCCCGACUUUGCAUAUCCGUUGCUAGCCCAGACGUCCUGGGCUACUCUGAGCUAUAAUAUCACACUAACGAAUCAUUUCCACUGGAAUCCCCUUUUCACGUUACCUUACGACCCUCCAUCGACGUUCAGCUCUCAACUAGCUGAUCCCACUUCGGCGAUCCAUGUCAAUUCAACAGCUCCGAAUAUUCUGUUCACGCUGCCGUCUAAUGCGACAAUGGGCAUGUCAAUGUUCGCCUACACAAUUGGCGUGCGACCACGGGACCUUUGGGGUAUCUGCAUGAUCCUCUUUCUCGCCAUUCUCGCUGCAACAAUCGUGCUCUCCGCCAUCGUCUGGUUCAUCGAUUUCAUCGGCGGAAUCGGCACUGGCACGGUCUCGCGACCUGGACGCCGGGCGCGCAGUCCCGGCCCGAAGGAGCUUGAGAUGUCUGCCGAGGAGUCGAAAGUGGCCAUGUUCCGACCCUCUUCUCGUCUGGCGCUGUCCGGAACGUUCGGUAACGGUACUUCUUGGUAUCGGAUUCGGACAGAGAUGAGCUCGUUCCACUGGAGUGUGCUGGCUGGCAACCUGGUCCGGAUCCUCGUUCUGUUCCAUCUGCCCAUCACGAUCUUCUCGUCAUUCCAAAUGACCCAGAGUAACGAGUUGAUGCGUACCCGAGCUCUGGCAGCGCUGUCGUUCGCGUUCUGUUCGGUGGUGGUCCCGGUGUACCUCGUGAUUCGAGUGACGCUGACGACGACGAACAAGCUCUAUGACGAGACCCGGACGUUGCUGGCUUUUGGCCCGCUUUAUAAUCACUACCGACACGGCAGCCAGCUAUUUGCGAGUCUGCUUUUCGCUACAAAUAUCGUGUUCGGUGUUGUGAUUGGGGCGGGACAGAAGAGUGGAACUGCGCAGGCGGUCGUGAUCCUCGUAGCGGAGGUUGUGUCUGCGCUCGUUACGAGCAUCUGGUUGCCUUGGGGUACCGGAGCCAGCAUGGGAUUGAUCAGCUUUCUGUUCUGCGUUGCGAGGAUUGUCGUGGCUGUGCUUCUUGUAAUUCUCACACCGGCGAUAUCUAUUGGUGACGGUGCUGGUGCUUGGGUUGCCUAUGGAAUUCUCGUCAUUCUCGCCCUCGUGUAUCUGGCUCUGAGUUUGAUGCUACUGAUCAAGCUUAUUGAAGGAGCGGUUCGCAUCGUCGGCCGUGUAGGGUUCGACCGAAGCAACCACGCUGUCGACAGCGGUCUGCUCGGUGCCUGUGGUUUGCUGGGAUGCUGUGGAGCCCGAAAGCGACACCAUGGGAAAUCGCGUAGCAGUCGACCAUCUCGUGCCGAGACUGCUCAUUCGGAGGGUUCUACAGUUCUUCUCCCCCCGGCACCUCUCGAGUCUUCGAAUGGCAAGGGCUCGAUCCACUCGCAACAUGUCCCGUCUGUUUUACGACCAGAGCACGCCCUGCGGCCGUAUCGGGAAGAGAGCGAUGACGAAAGCGGCUAUAUCAUGGGCGCCUGGCAGCCGUUCCCGCGACCUGGGUACCAGGUUGUCAAGGACACGGCGCCCUCCUCCGGUUUCUCCAGGGUCGGCGGCGGUCGAGCACACAUUGACACGCCGUAUGCGAUACAGUCGAAGACUGCGUUGGCGUCUUCGUCGUCGACCCCGACUCUGGAAUGGCCCACGAUCGACGACGACGAAGCUCCUCCCGUCUCAUCUGUCAUGCGCCCGCAACGCUCAGAGACUAAUGUUCCGCGUGGAGCGAUGCUUCCGCAUAUGAGAACGAAAUCGCAGACCGCCAUCAUCGAAGAUGCCACCCCUCUUGCAGCAGUAGCAACACUCCACCCAGUGUCAGCCGCAGAUGAGGACGACGACGAUGAUGACCAUUCGGAUGUAACACAGCGGAGGAAGAAGCCGUGGUACCAUAUCCGGCGACAUCGACCCCACAGCGAUGGCGCGGCCCCGUCCUCGUUUCCGGCAGCAGCAGUGGAACAGGCUGCGGCUGCGACUUCAGAUGUGCCGGCCGGGAGGUCGUUUGUGGUCAUCAGGAAAGGGGGCCAGGCCUCCCCUGGCAGGUCCGCACAGUUGUCGAUGCCAACGGAUACUCGCCCUGCUUCCAGUGGAUGACGAUCUACCUGUAAUAUGUACUGUUUAUUCUAUGGACCAUCGAUCAGUUCUGCUCUACUACGAGAUCGUGUCGCUCACGAUCCACCCUUGGAACGCUGCUCAGAAUCUUCAUCUUUGUGCUGGGGCCAAUCACGUGUAAAGUCUCC